CUUUUGUCUAUUGAAGGAGAACAGGGACCUGCAAUAUACUCAGAGCAAAGACACAAUCCACACACACACAGCUCUUUGGCUCUGGGAACUAGAAUGUUUUUCCACCCCAAUGGAUUACCCUCCUCUGCCUUCAGAUUCUAAAUUCUUGGAGGAAAAAGGAUUCCACCUGCUAGAUCCUUUGCUGUGAGGGAAUUCCUUCAAUGAUUCUUUUCUUCUCCUUGGUCCUUUCAGUUUUGGAGUCUGCAUUCCCAUCACAUUACUUUUUUUCCCCCACUGCUCUCCUCUGAAAGGGAGGGAUAUUGCAGAUGAGAGACCUUUUUUAAUGAGUGCAGAAGGCUUCCUGAGUCUUCCUCCUCACCAAUCCCACCAGCAGCACAAAACUUCAAUGUCUUAGGGGGGUCUCACCUGCUUUGGGAAAUGAUGCUGUAGCUGCAUUUGAGACGUGGAGUGAAUCUGAAAGCCUUGUGUUACACGGAAAUUUUCCUCGGAACGGAAUAGCUUCUUCCGAGACAAAUUCUUCCCCGAAGAAAAAUGGCAUUCACCAUCAGAAUUGACCUACUUCUCAUUUUCACAAUUUACGUGGUGUCUGCCAUGCACCCGUAUUGUAUAAUAAAGAAGGAGCAGGAAGCCUGCUUGGAGAAGAUACAAAAAUACGAAUCUGAAAUGUGGAACGACACUGAGCCAGGAUGCCCCGGAAUGUGGGAUAACAUAACCUGCUGGAUGCCUGCAGUGGUCGGAAAGGUUGCUUAUAUCCGCUGCCCCGAGUUAUUCAGUAUGAUAGACUCUGAAGAUGAUGUGGACCUCACGGACAGAGAGUCUCAUAUAGAUUUGGAGUCUCUGGAUAACCUGGAGGAGCUGCAGGAAGAAGGCAUUAUUAGCAGGAACUGCACAGAAAAUGGCUGGUCGGAGCCUUUUCCUCAUUAUUCCGACGCCUGUGGCUUUGAUGUAAAUGAAACGGGGCCCGACCAGGACACCUACUUUCUGUCCGUGAAGGCGCUCUACACCGUUGGAUACAGUACGUCGCUGGUUGCCCUUACUACUGCGAUGGUGAUUCUCUGUCGCUUCAGAAAACUUCACUGCACCAGGAACUUCAUCCACAUGAACCUGUUUGUAUCGUUCAUACUGCGAGCGAUAUCUGUUUUUAUUAAAGACGAAGUUCUGUACGCUGAGCAAGAUGGAAACCCUUGUCAUGUUUCAACGGUGGAAUGUAAAGCGGUGAUGGUGUUUUUCCAUUAUUGCGUCAUGUCCAAUUACUUCUGGCUUUUCAUAGAAGGACUUUAUCUCUUUACACUCCUGGUGGAGACGUUUUUUCCAGAAAGGAGAUACUUUUAUUGGUACACAAUAAUCGGAUGGGGAACUCCGCUGAUUUGCGUUACCAUCUGGGCUGUAUUACGACUUCACUUUGAUGACUUGGGCUGUUGGGAUACAAACAACAAGACUGCUCUGUGGUGGGUGAUUAAGGGUCCUGUCAUUGGCUCAAUCAUGAUCAACUUUGUGUUGUUCGUCGGAAUCAUCAUCAUCCUCGUUCAGAAGCUCCAGUCGCCUGAUAUCGGAGGCAAUGAAUCCAGUAUAUACCUCAGCUGCUUUCAGAAAUGCUACUGUAAGACAGACAGUGCUCACCAGCACAGUUGCAAGAUGUCCACCAUUACUCUCCCCUCACCCAUUGCAUCUGUAUUGGGAAUUCAGCAGAGGGCAGAUCAGAAGACUGGUCAACACGCAGUAGGACCCGAAAGAACUUGGAGCACCCGGUCAACCGGUGUCAGGAGGCUGGCGCGAUCCACACUGCUGCUUAUCCCGUUGUUCGGAAUCCACUACACCGUCUUCGCCUUCUCGCCUGAAAAUGUCAGCAAGCGGGAGAGACUAGUGUUUGAGUUGGGUCUUGGGUCCUUCCAGGGCUUUGUCGUUGCAAUUCUCUAUUGUUUCCUGAAUGGGGAGGUGCAAUCAGAAAUAAAGAGAAAGUGGCGGAGUUGGAAAGUCAACCGGUACUUUGCUGUGGAUUUCAAACAUCGCCACCCUUCGCUGGCAAGCAGCGGUGUCAACGGGGGGACGCAACUCUCCAUUCUGAGCAAGAGCAGUUCCCAGAUCAGGAUGUCGAGCAUAAAUGCGGAGAACCUGGCGACAUGAGUUCCCAAAAUGCUUAAUUCCACCCAAAUCUCACUUUAUCUUUUUUUUUUUCUUUUUGUUGUUUUACUUCUCAUUUGUAAUAGAAAAGCGGGACGGAACAUCAUAAGUUGUCUCGGAAUGUUUAGUUUAGUUGGGUUUGUUGCGGAUGGGUCAUUCAUCUUAACUCCACGAUGUUGACUAUCCAUAAAUCCAUGCCCAGUAACGAUAGACGGGCUUUCAUAUCAAAUAGGAGAACAACGAAUCUUUGUAAAAGGUACAUUUUGUGUAUUACAGCAGAAUACACAACAUAGCACCUUCGAUUAACAUUGUUGCGUCGGCAUACCUACUUAUUUCAUAGGUCUAAGAGAGAGCGAGUAAUAAAAAAUUGGAGCACUUGAUAAGUACUACAGAUGAGUCGUAUGUAAAUACUUAUCGUUUGUUUACGGAGUAAUAAGUGUGGCAGCUUGUAUAUUGUGUACUUAGAAAGAAUUUUAUUAUUUUUUAAAAAAAGUAGUUUUUUGGUUUUUUUAGAUUAAACAUUCGUGCGUUAACCAA